AUGAGUCGCCUGAUCCUGCUGGCCGGCCUGCUGGCCGCUUGUUACGCGGCGCCUCAGUACCCCGGCAGUGACUACCUGCCGCCCUGCAAAGCAGUGGUCGACGUCACCUCAGUCGCGUACGUGACCAAAACCUCAAAGUAUGAGAAGGUCAGCACCCUGAUCCAGCCGAAGGCUAUCACCAGCUACAAGACCGAGACCAAGGUGGUGCCGCAGCUGGUGACGCGCACGGUCGUGGUGACCGAGACGGUGCCCGUGACCAAGACGAGCAUCAGUUGGCGAGCCGUGACGCAGGUGCAGACGAUUUCGAGCACAACGGAGGUGGUGACCACCAACUACGUGACCCGCACGAUCACGGCCACGAAGGUGCUGACUUCCACUGUGGUGCAGACAGUGACGCGCACCAUCACCGAUCAGGCGACCGUCACACGCACCAACACCGUCGUCAAGACCAACGUCGUGACCAGCAGCCUGCCUGACCAGGUCUCGAUCAGGACAAACACUCUCACGCGGAUAAUCACGUCCACCAAGGUGGUGCCUGGUCCGACGGUCGUCAACACCAUCACUCAGACCAAGACCGAGACGAAGGAGACUGCCGUGCAGCAGCCGGACAAGACCCAGGUCAUCACCACCACUCAGACCGUAAUCAAGACGAACCGCGAGGAGGUCACGCAGACGGUGAGAAGCACCAUCGUCUCCACCCAGGUCCAGAUCAAGACGGUCACGCAGACGUCCACCGUGACGUCGGUGCAGCAGCGGGUGGUCAGCGACACGAAGAACGUGCAGGUGACGGUCACGCAAACCCAGCAGAGCUUGGUGACGCAGGUCGUCACCCACCGGCUACGAGACGGUGGCUGUGACGCAGACGAAGAGACCUCCACCCAGACGAAAGUGGUCGUGAAGUCCGUGGUGGAGACCAGCUACGAGACGAAAACGGUGAAGGCACCUUGCGGCUACGACUACUCCGAGCCGGAGAAGAAGUUCGACUUCUAG